AUGCUUUUGGCAUCACUUUCGUUCUUGGUGGUAACGAUAUUUUCGCAAUCGCCAACGAAAACACUUGCCAAUGAGGAUGCUAAGCGACUGUACGAUGAUUUAAUGAUGAGCUACAACCGCCUUCGAAGGCCUGCCAAGUCGCCGCAAGAACCAGUGGUCAUCAAGUUAAAGCUCCGUCUUUCACAAAUUAUAGAUCUGCAUGAAAUUGAUCAAAUAAUGACAUGUAGUGUUUGGCUUAAACAAGUUUGGACUGAUAGUCGUCUGUCGUGGGAUCCUAACCGCUACGGUGACGUUAAUGUGUUGUACAUACCAUAUGAAAUGAUAUGGGUCCCGGACAUCGUUUUGUACAAUAAUGCAGAUAGUGCUUAUAACAUUACUAUUAGCACGAAAGCGACAAUUCGGUAUACUGGAGAAAUAACAUGGGAACCUCCUGCGAUAUUCAAAAGCAAUUGCCCGAUCGACGUUCAGUGGUUUCCAUUCGACGAGCAAAAAUGUGAACUAAAGUUUGGACCUUGGUCAUAUUCGGGUAACCUGGUUGUUUUGGAACUGUUUGACAGCGACAAAUCCUACAAUAAAACUGAAAUUAACGAGAAGGGUAUUGAGGAUAAUGUUACAAUAGCAGAAGAAGGGAUUGAUCUUUCUGACUACUAUCCGUCUGUCGAGUGGGAUAUUAUGUCACGAGUUGCAAAACGAAGGACAAAAAACUAUCCAAGUUGUUGUCCAGACACCGAAGCAUAUAUCGACAUCCAGUAUUUCCUGAAGCUUCGUCGCAAGCCUUUAUUUUACACGGUUAAUUUGGUGUUCCCUUGCGUUGGAAUAUCAUUCUUGACAAUUGUUGUUUUUUAUUUACCGUCAGACAGCGGCGAGAAGGUUUCACUGUGUAUCUCAAUUCUUGUCGCAUUAACCGUUUACUACUUACUUUUGAUUGAAAUCAUUCCAGCAACUGGAGACAACCUUCCUUUAAUUGGAAAAUAUUUAUUGUUUACCAUGUUUAUGGUAUCAAUUAGCAUUGGAGUCACUGUAAUAUCACUAAACUUGCAUUUUCGAAAGCCUACUACACAUCGUAUGCCACGGUGGAUUAAGUGGCUAUUUCUUCAACGGUUACCAAAAAUUUUGUUUAUGACUAGGCCGACUACUGAUGAAAAAACUAAUGUUUAUAAGAUUGGGAACGAGAAAGUGGCGCUGAACUAUCAUGACCAUCGUGUUAGUCGAGAUGCGAACAAAGCGUCUGAGAACGAGUAUGGUGAUGAACGAAUACAAAAAUUGUAUUCAUCGCCAGUUGUCAUUAAGGCUUUUGAAAACAUCUGCUUUAUUGCUGAACUUCUGAAACGAAAGGAUAACGAUGAUAAAGUGGACGAAGAUUGGAAGUACGUAGCAACAGUAUUUGAUCGAUUAUUUUUGAUCAUCUUUUCGUUGGCCUGUUUUAUCGGCACCGUUACAAUAUUCAUUCAGGCACCAACACUUUACGAUACACGGGUGCCAGUUUCAUCUAGCUAA